AUGUCUAGGUCUCUUGGGAAAAGUGUUCUGAGUGGUGGAUUUGCGCGUCUCACCGUGGGCAAGGAUGAGGUCCCAUUCGACGUCCAUCUGGAGUUACUGCGCGACUGCUCCCCCUACUUCGAGGAUCUGUUCAAACAUCGUGGCGCCGAAGAUAUCACUGAGCAGCCAGUUUCCUUUCCCGACGAUGAUCCCGAUCUCUUCGCCCAGGCCAUAAGCUGGAUGUAUCGCGGGAGCCUUGCUGCCGAGUCGGAUUAUGGUGUUACCAAACUCUUUUUAUUGCGACUUUGGGUUCUCGCGGGCAAAUUACAGAUGGCAGGGCUACAGAACAAGGUGAUGUCGGUUUUCAAAAUAAAGCUGGACAGAGCUCCACACAUAAUCAUGGGCACUGCCUCGAUCGAUUAUGUCUACGCCCAUACCCUGCCGGACUCACCACUGCGUCGAUUGGCAGUAGAUGAGUGGGCGAGAAACGUGAAGAGGGAAUUGUUCUUGUUUAGAAAAGAGAAAUUUCCACGUGCUUUUGUCGAGGACCUGUGCUGUGCUUUGAUUGCGAAAACGGAAAAUACUGAGAGGACGCAAGAUGAGCAGAUUGGCUUCGAACAGCGCUAUUUCGUACAUCCCACCCCUUCGACGGACAAAGAUGGCGAUGCGCUUCCACCGAGCGCGAGAGAGAGCUCUGAACUUGUCACACGCGCCACUUCCGCCCAGAUGGAGAGCAGGAGAGUCUUGAGUCCUGUACCUCGCGUCAGCAUGUCUUCCCUUUCUAGCUGCCGGGCCCCAUCGCAGAUUUCUCCGACGGACGCCGAUUCGCAAUUGGAAGGCCCGGAGAAAAAGAAGGUGAAAAUUGAAUCAGCCUGA